UAUAAAGGAUGGAUGUGUUGCACAGGAAUUCAUAAUAAAGAGUUGACCGAAUGAAAGCAGGAUUACACCUUAUGGAGACAACAAAUAGUUUCUUUCUAUGGAGACCUUAUUUUUCAAAUCCCUGAUAGCAAAAGAAUUUGUAAGGGCCAGUGAAAAGUACAAGUUGCUUUUCUUUAGAAAGAGGUUUGACAGAGUCUCUCAGACGUUUAUUGAGCAGUCCCUGGGACAGUACAGCUUUCCAGGCACUAAAUCUGGGGUGGAACUUGUAUGCAUUAAUUGUGUAACGGACUCCCGUACAGGCUUAAACCUUCCUUGUGUUUUGCUAAAAACGUGUAAAGCUGGCCAUACACGCACCGAUGACCGAUGGUCGCACGAAAGAUCGUCAGGUCGCCACGUGUGUCGCCACCUUAAGAAAAAGAGUAGCGGUGCCACAAAAUGUACCUUGCUCCUGUUCCAUGCAUCCAGUGAGGUUGAAUGUUUUCUGAAGUUUCCACUAGAUGUGGAUAGAUUGCAAGAUCUACAGAUUUGUGAUGGUCCAGCUGUUUUGUGGAGGUAUCAAGAGAAAUUGUGUUAUAUUUCACGGUUUACUUCUGGUAUUUUAACAUCACCCCUCAGUGUGACUGCUAUACAAUGGGUCGGUACAGUAGAUGGUGAAGGAACAAUCAUCUUUGGCACCACGGACUUAAGUUUUCAAGUGGCCGACAAUAUAACAAGUGGACUUCACCUCGAUGGUACGCUUCAGGGUACUGAGUUUGUUUUGUAUUCCGUUGAAAAGCAGAGCAACGUUCCAGGGAUCUGCUUUCUUCCACAUGCGUACAGCACUGUUUUACGUUGCCUUCAGGUGUGCAUGAUACAAAAAGGGAAUGACAGAUAUGAGACAUCAGGUGCUGCAGUGAGCAGUAAACAGCUGAUUUGGAUAGAAAAUGGAACUCCGAAAGAAGUUUGCCAGCUUCCAUUUGAGAAUCCCUGCAAGCUACAAGUCGCUUCGACAAGCCGAGGGGAUUUGUUGUUUAUUAUUUCCUUUGCUUCUGGAGAUGUAUGCGCAGUACAGAAAGAUGGUUUUAAGGUAGCUGCAACUUGGCAGCAAGUCUAUACUGUUCUCAUCGAUGAUUUCCUUGGCAAAGGUGCUGAUCAAAUACUCUUGCUGUUUAAGUAUGAACCAAACAGUUCACCUGACCUUCAAUCAUUCAAACUAACUGACUGCUGUUUGAUUUCUGUCUCUUUAACUCUGGUAUCUAGGGACUACUGCUGUCAAGGCUAUCAAGUUUGGGGUUAUUUACUCUUGAGAAAAGGUGUUUGCAAGGGGACUCGAUUCCUUUUUACAACACCGCCAGCCGACAUGGUUCCUCACCCCUGCGCACCUCUCCCCUCCCUGCACCUGUGUCCUCUCGUCCCCGCUCGCCUCUCCACCCCAGCACCGCCAGCCGACAUGGCAGGUUUGCUUUCACUUCAAGAAUUGCAACAGGAUUUGGAACUCAAAGAUAGGGUCCUAAGAUCUUCUGGUGAGGCAUUAAUCAACAUGGUCCAAGGCAAGGAAAGUGCUGUGCCCUGUGCAGACAAGGAGGGCUUGGUUUCCCUUUGGGAUGAUAUAAAAGGCAGUCCUUGCCCACCCAGUACAGAGAUGUGUCCAUCCUUGCCAGAUGAAUGCCCUGUAGAGAGAAUAUGGCAACGUGUUGUCGAUGACCUUUUGGUGAUUGGUGUAAAGCUCAGCAGCUCAGCGUAUCUGUGUUGUAUAGAAGACCUUUUGGCUGUUUUAUCCACAUAUUUAAAAUGUUCCCUCCAUAUCUCCUCGCCUGACUGUACACUGACUUUAGUGAAAUUGUGGAUGAUUGUUCAUAUGCAGGGGGAACCUGUGCGACACAUCCCAGAAAUCACUUUCAGUCUUGACGGCACUCUUUUUCUCUGGAAUCCACAGAGCCCUUGUGAAGGGAAACUUACCAUCUUUGCAAGGAAUAAGGCAGUGUUUCUCCAGUGCCUCUGCAGUCUCAAAAGUGUUCCUCCUCCAACCUGUGUGCUGAACAUUGUAAAACAAGAGGGCACACACUGUUUGGCUGAAAGCUUGGCGUUAUCCCUGGAAGAGGAGUUGCUGGCCCUCAGGAGUGCAAUAUUCACAUCAGCAAGCGAUGUUGAAGAAGACUUGACCCUGAGAAGUAAAAUGCAGAAAAAGCCCAGCAGCACAAUAACUCCUUUAUCCGACACUAAAGAAGACGUGGAGAGAUACAGAGAAGAGCUCUUAAUUGAGCAGGAGCAAAGUAAGCUGGGAGCUAACAUCACAAUAAAAAGCGACCAGUACAGACAACUCAUAGCAAAAGUAGCUCAGAUUCAAAUGAACUCUGACAGAAUUGCAGGGAAACUGGCCACUUUGUGAUCUCUGUGUCACAUUAAAUAUCACCUUGGAGGUUACUCUAAUAGUUGUGAUUUGUUCAUAUUCAGUCAGUACUGAAUAAUGCACCAUAAACUAUACUGCAGGCUUAAAUAUUUCAUUCAAAAUAGAUUCAAAGUGUUGUCAAGCGUAAGGCUAAGGCUUGUUUUAUACAGGUUACAAAUGGAAU